UUGCCUACACAGAGAACCAUACAGUGAAUAAGACGUGUAUUGUGAAGACUGAAGGAAGUGAAACCGCCCAUUCAUGGUUGAUUUUAUUACGAUGUUUGAAUUGUUCAUUGUUCUUUCAUUUAUGACCAAUGUUUUUAGAACGGCUACGAAUAUUAUUUUGGGACGCUGUGACAUCGCCCUAUUUAUGAUAUCGCUGCGUAACUAAGGAAUCGAUAGAAGUAUAUUAUGUUGCCUCAAACGUUCCAACGUUCUAUGGAACAUAGACUAUUAUGGGUUUUCCAACACACAUUUAGCCACUGUCUCACGUAGCCUGUUUUAGUUUUGCUAGGCUUGACCCCGAUUUAUCCUUGACGAAUGACCAUCUUAAAUAUCAGGGAACAAAGAGCAAUUGAAUGCACUCUUUAAGGCACAUUCAGUCUCGGGGCCCUCAGGCCAGAGUGGGGCAGUAAAGCACCUAUGGGGCUGACUACAAGCCCCCCAGUGAUCGACACCUCAGGCUGUUCAGGCUGCAUGCAGAGCCGUCUUGCACCACACAUCAGAAGUUGGCGGAUAUGUGGGCUCAGUACUACAGACAGUGUUUCCAGACCAUUACCAACGGCCCACAGAACCCCGCCUUUUCCUUCACUCAGAAGGGGAGAACAGUGAGGGCAGCUAUGUUGGACAGUGAGAAUGUCAGUAAGAUCCAAGUAGAAAGGACAGCUCCUCCAGAUAAGGGGCAGAGCCAGAUACCACCACAGUGUUCGAGCUCCGACUCUGGGGAACGAAGGUCGGUCUCUCCCUCUCUCUCCUCAACCUCAGUCCAUAACUCCCUCCCGUCCCGCCCUGCAAGGAAAGAGGCAUGGACACAUGCAACAGGGGACCCGGCACUGGGGGUCACAACGACACCCAAGGACAUGGUGGAGCUGCCUCACAUCGGCAGUGGAGAAGGAAGUGAUGGGGAGCUUCCUCUGCAGGUGGAGCGUUUAAGGGCGAAGCAGUUCCGUCGGGACAUGACCCACUCAUCUAGGCUGGAAGGCCAGAUCAACCAGCGCAUAGCCACCCAGUCUAACCUCAUGCACCUAGGGCUGCCAUUCAACGGUGUGACCACCUACAGCCAGAGUUACACACACUGGGACAACCCCUCCACACUGAGAAGCCCGCAGUGCAUCCUGCCUGAAGCCACACUCAACUGGAGGGCCUGGGUGUCAGAGUACCAGGACCGGUACCAGGGCCCGGAUCACUACGUCCCUGGGCAGAGGAAGCCCCCUAGUGGCCUGAAGGAGCCCUGCACCACCAAGUACCAGCCUGGUGCCCACACAGCAGACCAGACCCGAGGACACAUCUGCUCAGAGUAUCAGAGGCACUUCACUAAGAAGAACUACCCUGGCCUGUCCAGACCCAAGACCAGCCCUGCGUACAGACAGAACAGAGUCAACUGACCUAAACCAUCUUCAGGAUUAGACCUGCAUGGUCUCUAUUCGAUGUUCAACCUGACAAAG